CAACACUCUUUUCACAAAGAUUCUCUCUCCAACUCUAACAGUCACUUCGAAUUCCCUUUUUUAACAACAAUAAUCCCCAACCCGCCAACAUGAAGGUGUCUGUCGUUCUUUCCACUUUGAUGGUCGCCGGAUUUGUGUCCGCUGCUCCUCCGGCCCCUCGCCCAGCCGACCUUCAGCACAACGGGCAGCAGGCUCCCGCCGAAGUUGCCUUGCCACAUGACAAGCGUGGCGAUGUCCCUCAGUUCCCCCCUCCUCCCAAGGACGACCAUGACCACCACAAGCGUGGUGACAUUCCUCCUCCUCCGAAGGACCCCAAGAACCCACCUGAGGAUGACCACCACAAGCGUGGUGACAUUCCUCCCCCCCCCAAGGACCCCAAGAGCUCUCCCAAGGACGACAAGCACAAGCGCGGUGAAAUCCCUCCUCCCCCGAAAGACCCCAAGAACCUUCCCAAGGACGACCACCACAAGCGCGGUGACAUCCCUCCUCUGAAGGAUCCCAAGGAUCUUCCCCCCAAGGACGACCACGACCAGCACAAGCGUGGCGAUGUCCCUCCCCCGGAGGAACCCAAGGGUGCCCCCAAGCCCAAGCCCGCUCACAACUAAAUGUGUGCUUCUUGAUGGGUCAAAACGGAUUGAAGUUGACUUCCAAAAUCAGUUCCGGAAGGCUUGCUGGGUAUGGCGAGCAAAGGAGGUGCGCUCUCUUAACUCAAUUUCCUAAUUUUGUCUCUGUUUCCACGUCUAGCUGGAU